AUGCCGGCCGUAAAAGGAGAUGGCAUGCGUGGAUUGGCCGUCUUCAUAUCGGAUAUACGAAAUUGUAAAAGUAAAGAGGCCGAAAUGAAACGGAUAAAUAAAGAACUCGCCAAUAUAAGGUCAAAGUUCAAAGGCGACAAAACUUUGGAUGGAUAUCAGAAGAAAAAAUAUGUUUGCAAAUUGCUAUUUAUUUUUCUCCUUGGAAAUGAUAUUGACUUUGGACACAUGGAAGCUGUUAAUCUUCUUUCAUCAAAUAAAUACACAGAAAAGCAGAUCGGAUACCUGUUCAUAUCUGUGUUGAUUGAACAGAAUUCGGAUCUGAUGAAAUUGAUAGUACAAGCGAUCCGUAAUGAUCUAACUUCUCGCAACCCAAUUCACGUCAACCUCGCUCUCCAAUGUAUCUCCAACAUUGGUAGCCGCGAUAUGGCUGAAGCGUUCUCGAACGAUCUUCCCAAAUUACUAGUCUCUGGGGACACUAUUGAUUUCGUCAAACAGUCAGCAGCAUUGUGCUUACUGAAGUUAUUCCGUACUGCUCCUGAUGUUAUUCAACCGGGUGAAUAUGCAAGCAGGAUCGUUCACUUACUUAAUGACUCACAUAUGGUGAGUUUUCCUAUACUCCAAUUAAGGCCUCUCUUAUCGAAUCUCUUUCAAAAAAAUGUGUUGAGUUGCUGUUCUCGCUACUUUUCGUAUUUGCAGGGAUGUGUGCCAUUGGCGAUUUCUCGAUUAAGUAGAAUAGUGACCGCAACAUAUACAGAUCUCCAAGAUUAUACAUAUUAUUUCGUCCCAGCACCUUGGUUGUGCGUGAAACUGCUGCGCUUGUUGCAGAAUUAUCCCCCUCCAGGUGACUCAAGAUGCACCGAAAUCCAAAAAGGUACUCUGCAAAGCAUAAGUUUUAGUUUUUCCUGUCCUACUGUUCAACAUUCCAAUGCAAAAAACGCUGUUUUGUUUGAAGCCAUAGCUCUAAUCAUUCACAUGGACAGCGAAGCAAAUCUCCUCGUUCGCGCUUGCAACCAAUUGGGUACAUUCCUUGCGCACAGAGAAACCAAUCUUCGGUAUGUCACCCGACAAAAUCUCAUUGCCCCUCUAGUACGUAUUUGGCGCUGGACAACAUCUGAGUUUUCUCAUGAAACUGUGAAGAAACAUCAGGAUACUAUUAUCAACAGCUUAAAAACGGAAAGAGAUGUUUCUGUGCGACAACGUGCUGUCGACCUACUAUAUGCCAUGUGUGAUCGCACCAACGCUAGCGAAAUUGUUGCAGAAAUGCUGUCGUAUUUGGAAACGGCUGACUACUCUAUCAGAGAGGAGAUGGUUUUGAAAGUUGCUAUUUUGGCUGAAAAGUAUGCUACCGACUAUACGUGGUAUGUUGAUGUCAUUCUGAAAUUAAUUCGGAUUGCUGGUGACUAUGUCUCGGAAGAAGUGUGGUAUAGAGUAAUUCAGAUUGUUGUCAAUCGUGAAGACGUUCAAGGAUAUGCUGCGAAAACUGUCUUUGAAGCACUGCAGAGGCCAGCUUGUCAUGAGAAUAUGGUGAAAGUCGGAGGAUACAUAUUGGGAGAGUUUGGAAAUCUGAUAGCUGGUGACCAACGGUCGAGUCCCCAAAUCCAGUUUGAACUACUGCACUCGAAGUUCCCCUUGUGUAGUAUUGCUACCAGAUGUCUUCUUCUCACUACCUACGUGAAGUUUUGCAAUUUAUUCCCCGAAAUCAAGCACAUUAUCCAACAGGUGUACCAAAUGGAUCAUAAUCUACGAAAUCCUGAUGCAGAAUUGCAACAGCGAGCAGUAGAGUACCUCCAGAUGAGCAAAGUCGCUAGUCCAGAUGUUUUGGCAACGAUAUUGGAAGAAAUGCCACCUUUCGCAGAAAAGGAAAGCAGUUUGCUGGCCAAGCUCAAGAAGAGUAAACCACAGGUUGAAGAAAUGGAAAAUGUGGAAAAGGAGAAGAAAAAUCGGCCAAACGCUACCAUGGCGAAGGUAAUACUCGCAUACAAUUCACUUGUUGACAUCUUUGGACAUCCAUCUUCUGGGCGACCUCAAGAUCAGGAUAUUGCGAAUAAGCACGAUUAUCUCAAGUUCGUUGUGAAAAAUAAUGGAGUCCUAUACGAAGAUGAAGUGAUUCAAAUCGGUAGUAAGCUAGAAGCCAGGACCAAUCUGGCACGUUUGGGAAUGUUUUAUGGAAACAAGACCUCACACCCGUUCAACGAUUUCAUCCCCACUGUCAGUUGUCCUGGAGCACUCGCUAUGCAACUUCAGGCGCAGGCCAAGCCAAUGGAUUCGAUUGUACAGGCUGGUACACAAGUUCAGCAGCUGAUCAAUUUUGUGUGUGUACAGGAAUUUGGAAGAAUGCCUAUCAUGCAAAUUAAAUUCAAUUACACGGAUCGAGCUGGACAACCUCACACGUUCGACAAAUCAGUGUAUCUACCAGUUUUUAUCAACAAAUUCUUUGAACCUACUGAAAUGUCGUCUGAACAGUUCUUUGCAAGGUGGAAAGCACUUGGUCAGCCAUCUCAGGAAUGUCAGAAAAUCUUUCCUGCUAAACAGUCUAUGGAUCCUGCUCUUGUCACGCAGAAGUUGGUUGGUCUGGGCGCCAAGCUAUUGGCCAAUGUGGAUCCCAAUCCCGAUAACUACGUCUGUGCUGGUAUCAUCCACACCCAAACACAGCAAAUCGGAACCUUAAUUCGGUUGGAGCCUAAUAAACAAGCCAAGAUGUACCGUUUGACUGUACGGAGCAGUAAGGACACCUUAUCAACUUAUCUCGUUGAGGCACUUGUUGAGCAGUUUUAG